AUGUCACAUCCAUCAGUAGGAGGAGGGUAUAAGGAGGAGCCGGCCACUGAACCGGAUACCCAUCCAGGUCACCCUCAGCAGCACCCACCGCCACCGUCAUCUGCGUCAACCCAGCAUCCCCAGCAACAGCAGCAACAACAGCAGCAGCAGAGCCAGCAUCCCCGACCUAGCCUGCCUCAUCAACAGCAACAUUCAGGGCAACCCACUCCUUCGUCAACUGCCUUCCCGUCACCACAUCCUCCUCCACAACAAUCAUCUUUUGCUCAGUCACCCAGUCUGCCUGGAUCUCAGCAUUCUCAUCCGCAAGACAUCGCCUAUUAUACCCAUCCCUCCCCCUACGGCACCCCAGGCGGUAGUGGCCCUUCUUACCCAUCUCAAGGUGCGUAAAUGUUGCUUGUUUCUCCCCUACGUGUUAUGCUCUUUUUUUCUUUUUUACCCUCCUAGUGCCCACGUCGUUGUCUGCUUCUCGCUAGCUCUUGCUGGCAAGUUCAACAGGCAUCUUUGGCUCACCAUUGACUGUAGUAGCAGAGGGAACAGAUCUUAUGGCAACGCACACAAUGAAUCGCCCGCAAUACCCCCCUAUUUACCAUACUCCUCAGUCCAAUUCACCGGCAUCUGUCGCGUCUCCCACAGCGCCAGAUCAUCGGUCUGUUUACACUACACAGCCCAUGCAAACCCCAAUGUACGGCUAUCCACAGCAGUACCCCUCGAUGCCAGCAGGCCCUCCCUCCUACUCAAACCAAACCCAACAUCACGGUUUGAACAAUGGACCACUCCUCAUGUCACAAACUUCAGGGCAAACAAUGACUCCACCGCAGCCUCACCACCAACAUGUGGCUCCAAACACUUCAUCGACCGCUAAGAUUACCCAAACACCGCUUCAUAGAGCUUCGCCUUCCACCCCUUCUUCGGGUACAAAGCCUGGGCCAGGAAACACUUCAAUCAACCCUAAUGCCGCUCCUGGACCUAUUCCGGCCACUACUCCGCUAGUUGUGAGGCAAGACAAUAAUGGUGUACAGUGGAUAGCUUUCGAGUACUCCCGAGACAGAGUUAAGAUGGAGUAUACCAUCCGUUGCGAUGUGGAGUCGGUCACCGUUGAUAAUCUUUCUCACGACUUUAAGACAGAAAACUGCGUGUAUCCCCGUGCUUGCUGCUCCAAGGACCAGUAUCGUGGUAACCGACUGGUAUACGAAACCGAGUGUAAUACUGUGGGCUGGGCUCUGGCAGAAUUGAAUCCGUGUUUACGUGGGAAGAGGGGGUUGAUUCAACGGGCCGUAGACAGCUGGAGAAACUCUAAUCAAGACCCCAGAUUGCGAAGCAGGAGAGUUCGGAGGAUGGCAAAAAUUAACAAUCGCAAAGCGAGUGCACAGGCUGCACAGACCCACCUUGGUGCAGGAUCCCCACAUGGUGUGCCCUCGGCGGGUGUAGGAUUAGGGCUGAAAGGUCCAGGGCUUGUUCCGGGCUCGCAGCCGCAACUUCACCAUCACCACCACCCCGGCACGAAUGAUUCUCCAUCUGCUCAGAAUGGAGAAGAAGAGAUGGGAACUAUGCUGCAUCAUCACCACACCCCACAAUUUGGUGGGGUUCAGGGGCAAAUGCCCUCUGCAAACACUUCAAGAUCCACCUCCGGCCACCUUUCACCGGCCGUAGGUGGGGGGGAGGAAUUUGGCAACGGGCAUGCUAGCCACCACCACCAUCAGGCACCAGCCAGUGGAAAUGAGAUAAGACCGAGACAUGUAUUUCAUGGGUACCCCACUGCAUAUCCGGCAGAAAACGUUGGAGGUGCAUCCAUGCCCCCCUCGAUGCACGAUGGAAUGGAACAGAUGGGACCUUCUUCUAACACUCCUACGGCAGCAACUGCAUCUACUCCCCCGAAUAACACCAACACCUCACUGUUCGGUGACAUUCCGGAUCACAAACGUCGAAAGUUCAUUCUCGUCGAUGAUCCGCACCGUGGCUCGCGCGUUCGUGUCCGUGUGAUGCUUGAUCAGGUUCACAUGCAGGAGAUCCCUGAUUCUUACCGCAAGUCCAACUCUGUGUACCCCCGCUCUUACAUGGCGUCUCAGAUGGAAGACGAUUCACAGACAGAGGUACAAACACAAGUAGUUGUUCCCAUGCUUGAUGGAACUAGCAUGACUAUCGCUCCCCCACCACCAUCUGGGCCCAAGCGCAAGAAGGAGAUGGAUUUGAAUGAACUUGGCUAUAGGAUGUCGUGGAGUCAAUCCAGGGUCUUUGCAGGGAGAACAAUGUUCUUGCAGCGAGCUCGUAGGUCAUAAUGCUCCUUCGUGAUUGUUUGAGAUGUGUCUAACGUUAAUACGGUUUACAGUUGACGCAUAUCGCAACAAGAUGAGGAGUAGUAUGAUGGCAGCAGGUACAGAUGUCACCUCAACAGCGCCCCACCUUGAGACCAGAGCCGGGAAGCGCAGAUGGUUGGAGAGGAGUCGUCGCUCGAAACCCUCCGGAUCCUCAUCCUAA